AUGUCCGCACGAAGCUCCCUGCCUAUUGCCGUGCUCGGUGUUGGCGUUGAUUCAGACGAGUUGGAGGUCUUGAAAUUGAGCACGGAUGUUUGGGAGCGACUAGGAGCAAAGGAAAAGGAGUCGAUUGCUGUCCGCGCACAUGGACAGACAUCGCAAGCGAAAUCAUUAAUCUGUUGGGCAAUUCAUGGAUCUGAUAUUGAAAGCGGCACUAUAGCCAUAAACCGUCGUUUCUUGGAAAAACAUCCAGAGGUUUUUGCGACACAGAGCUCCAUUCAAGGCACUAUAAAGCUAGAAGUCAAUCUCGUAAAACCCGUUUCGCUGGAAGAAGUCAUACUUGUUGCGCAAUCAGUUCGUGCCAUUACAUUUGCUCAAGAUCGGAGAGAAAAGGUAGUCGAAACAUUCAGCGGGGAUAAGCGACUCGUUCGACAAGACGAAAUCAUCUCGCUUUUCGAGCAGGGACCAGAUUCUCCCCCUUCAGCUCUACAGUUCCUUGUAGCAAUGGCUCAACCAGUACACCAAGGGCUCAUCGAUCCGGCAACCACGAAAGUUAUUAUAGUACAGGGAAUGGAUAUCAAUGACACCGAUCUCUCCUCCUCACCCGUAUCAUCGCGAGAAAUAGUACGAAGUGAUGACGAAUUAGACUCGGAUCUGGACGAGUCGUUCCUGCUGAACACGCUGCCUUCUCCAAACAUCCGCAUUGGUUCAGAUACAGGAAUGACCAAUGGCCUGCACAACCAGCACGCGUUCACCGCACGUGUAUUGCCAUACAAUAUCCCGUUGCCUCAUGACGAGUUUAGGGAGAUGACUGUCCUGUUGAAGUUGACCGACAUUGCACGGUUGGGGAUCUUUAGUGGCGAUUGGGUAGUUGUCACCGACGCGGAAAAGCGAUCCCGUAUGCGUCUAGCGCGAGCGAUAGGAACCGAGCUUCACAGUGAGCUUCUGGAGUCUAGUACUCUGUAUGCUCCGCCAGUUUUUAUCCACAACCUAUCGAUGUCGGAUGAGAAUAUGGCCAAAGUCUUGGUUCAACGCUGCAGCUUCGGGCAACAGCUUCCUCCGAUCCCGACAGCUCAUUCCGUUACUCUGGCCCGUAUUGCUUCCCCAGUUUCAACGUCGAAGCAAUAUCAAACCAUUAUAUUCCAGGCUCUUAGGCGAUACUUUAGCACUGGACGUCAUUUGCUGAAGAAAGAUGACAUUGUUGCUCUUCCUCUUGUCACCACCAGUGCACCACUUAUCAAUGGCUUGGAGGAGGCCGACAAGAAACAAGAGUCAACUAUCGAAGAGUUAAUGGACACCCUUUUAGAGGAGCAUCCUACUCCAAAUGAAAUUGCCUAUUUCCAGGUAACCAACCUGGAGCAUAGCUUAGUAAGAUUACAAGGAGAUACGACCCCGGACACCCAUUUUGCUGCUGUGAUGGGUGAACUAGGAUGUUGGAUGGACUCAUCGACCACGAGAUUGAUUCAAGGAGGCAUAGAACACUCGCGAGUUCCUGAGUUGGACGGUUAUCUCGGAAUAGAAAGGGACUGGCCGCGUUUGACUGAUCUCGUGAAAGGAUCCACUCUGUGUCGCAACGGAACGCCGUUUUCGAAUCUCAAAAAUGUUUUCAGGGCAGCAAUGCAUCCCGAGGCAGUCAAGCAUGGGUUGUCAUUAUCUGCGCUCAUAAUUGGUGGACGUGCAAGUGGCAAGAGAACGACUGUCCGCUGGGUCGCUCAAGAUGUAGGGUUUCAUGUCAUGGAGAUAGAUUGCUACGAUAUUGCGGACGAUACUGAGGUCAAAACGGAGGGAACCCUUCGUGCUCGAUUUGAGCAGGCAGAAGCCGUUACUCCUUCAGUACUCCUCCUUCGAAAUAUUGAGGCUCUGGCCAAAAGCAACCAAAAGCUAGAAACUGGCAAAGAGCCCUCUGUCGUUUCUGUGAUACAAGAGUGCAUCAAAGAUGCCCAUCUCGCCUCCAAGAAGGGUCAAUAUCCUCUACUGGUCGUAGCUACCACCAGGGAUCCUGACCUUGUGCCAUUGGGCAUACUGGCAUGCUUUAAGCACCAGUUUACUAUACCUGCACCCGACGAAGAUCAGCGUCAAGUCAUCCUCGCGAACUUACUCCAGCAGUCCACUUUCGAGGCCGAUGUCUCCUUACCGUCUAUAGCUGCACAAACAGCUGCCAUGGUAGCUGGUGACCUUGUUGACCUUGUUUCGCGGGUUGCCUUCGUAGCCGCCGCGAGAAUAUCAGAUUUAAGCUAUGAUUUGGGGGUCGAAGUGGAGAGCCUUCACCAAGCAGGCUUUGGGUUCACCGGAGCCGAUUUCGAUGCUGCCCUGGGACAGGCAAGAGCUGCAUUUUCUGCCAACAUAGGAGCUCCAUCCAUACCAAAAGUUGCAUGGGAUGAUGUUGGCGGACUUACAUCCGUCAAGUCGGAUAUCAUGGACACUAUUCAAUUACCGCUUGAGCAUCCCGAACUGUUUGCUGAUGGAAUGAAAAAGAGAUCAGGCAAGGAUUUUGCUCUUCGGGCCUCCCGGAACAGGGAAGACUUUACUAGCGAAAGCAAGCUUCUCAACAUGUACAUCGGCGAAUCUGAAGCCAAUGUACGUCGUGUAUUCCAACGGGCAAGGGAUGCUCGACCGUGCGUAAUCUUCUUCGAUGAGCUCGACUCGGUCGCACCCAAGCGAGGUAAUCAUGGGGACUCUGGAGGUGUGAUGGACCGCAUCGUCAGCCAACUCCUGGCGGAACUCGAUGGGAUGUCCAGUGGUGCUGGUGGAGACGUCUUCGUGAUCGGUGCAACGAAUCGACCAGAUUUGCUCGAUCCUGCACUGCUCCGACCUGGGAGAUUUGACAAACUCCUCUACCUUGGCGUCAGUGAUACACACGAGGCGCAGUUAAAGAUUAUCGAAGCAUUGACACGAAAAUUCCAUUUGGACGACGCCAUCAAUCUCAAAGCCAUUGCUGAUCAGUGUCCUUUCAACUACACUGGCGCAGAUUUUUAUGCCCUCUGCUCCGAUGCCAUGCUAAAAGCAAUGACCCGGAAAGCAGAAUCAGUUGAUAGAAAGAUUGGGGAGCUCAACUCUCAGCCACAUUCCUCUAAACACGUCUAUCCCAUUACUCCUCAAUACUAUCUCGCAGAGAUGGCGUCAUACGAGGAUACAGAGAUCAUAGUUGCGCAGGAAGACUUUGAGGCCGCCCUCGAGGAGUUGACUCCGAGUGUCAGCCAAGCUGAAAUGGAGCACUACCGCUUGGUUCAGCAGCGAUUCGCUGAGAACGGUGGCACAGAUCUGGAGACCAGCAACCAAGAGGUAGACGAUACGGUAUUAGCGCCUCCCGUCACGGUCGAUAGGAAAGGCAAGGGCCGCGCAGUGGAGUGA